UAUAGUUAUUAAAUAAAAUGUUAUCUUUUCCAGUAACAUUUUUUUCGCUACCUUUGUUUUCGGGACACCCCUUAAUCAGUAUAUGAAACCAAUACUGACCAGUCCAGUUCUAACACCACCGUCGCAACACUGUUCUAUCAGUCAACAACGUUUGUCGACACGUUGCUAUGGCGGCAACAGUGCAGAAGGCUUUGGCGUGUUCGCAACAACCACCCGUUUCCAUCCUUGUUGGUAAUGACGCGAAUUUCAUAACCGGUCAAAAAAUCAUUCCAAUCACUUUUCCCUACCUAGUUAUCUCUGGGAUUGAUGAAAUCCACUUUCAAAACUAUUACACAGCUUUACUUACAAUCAAAGCCAAGUUCCAACUUGCUAAUCAAGAUUCCAAAGUAUGGAAGACAUGCCUGAGAAAGUAUCCAUUAAUGCCAGCCCCACACUGUGAAAUUGGCUCAGAGAGCAACUUUGUGAUUGGCAAAAAACAGUUAAUCUGUGAAUUGACGAAUGUUGUUGAACUAAAAUUAAUUUUACUACAACCUUCACCUGUCUGGAUUGAUUUCUCUUUAGAAGAUAUAAAGCUGUUCAGAGGAUCACAGCACUCUGUCGUACAGAAACCAGUUGACAAGGAGAUAAAGGAUGAUGAAGAGGAAAAUGAAGUUGAAAAUGAAGAUGGUGAUGAAUGCAUGAAAUACAAUCCAUUUGGUAUGGAUCUGUCUGCUAUCUCCAAAACAAUGCAAAAGUGGUCCCUUAUCAAUCAGCCAUUGAAUAGUCGGUCAAAAGUAAAGCAGAGUAAAUACGAGAUAGAUGGUUCCUAUGAUAUCAAAUUGUUAUCAUAUAGUUGAACAACACUCAAUGUAUCUGAUAUCAAUGUAUCAUUGAAACAUUUCUGAAAAUCUAAAUUUUGAUGGAUUAUCCAACAUCAGCUCAUAACCAUCUAGCUAACUGAUAGAGUACAUAACAUCAACUUAUCAUAUAGCAGAAUAAAAUUCAAUGACAUUUGUGAUACAAAACAGUAUUUAUGUAACUAAUUAUAGUGCAAUGGAUUAUGUGAUAUCAUCCUUGUUAUCAUGUAUCUUAAUAAAGUUUUGAUAGAACAUAUAUGAACUUAUCAUUCAAGUGAAUGAAACUCAAUGAAAUUUCUGGUACAAAAAAAAUAAUCAUAUAAGAAAAUGGAACAUGAUAGAUUAUCUGUUAUCAUCCUAUUUAUUAUGUAACUAAAUGAAUUU